AUGCGCCGCAGAAGCAAAUCGGGACGCCGCCGGGGAAGCAAGAAGGAUGACCAGUAUGGGCCCACCGGGUCAGCCCCCGAUGAAGCGGAAGGAGUCUCGCCUACGUACAGCGCCGUCCGAGAAAGGGACAUGGAGUCGGCGGUCACGAUGGACCUUGGUUCUGUUGCUCCGACACCGGGCACACUUACAGGAAAGAAACAAAAAGCAGCACCACAACCACCACAACCUGCCCAGCCAGCAGCCGACCAGCCAGCAUCGAUUCUGUCCACUAAAAAAGAAAGGAAGCGACUGCACCGCCGCCAUCGCAAGCACUCUGCAGCGGAGGCCGACGAGGGCAACCUCGAACCUACAGCGGGAGCCGCUCUUCCGGAAGUGCUUAAAGCAGGCACAGUGACAGGCGGCAUGUCUAUCGCCCAGCUACAAGUCGCUGCCACACCGGGACAAAAAGCCUCGACCGGCACAAGGCAGACGUCACCGCGAAUGGCCGUCAUGGCACCGGGAUCAGCUUUUCAAGGUGCUACAGCGACCACGAGCUCGUUACUAGGCGGCACCCAACAAGCGGCGAUUGCACCACGUCCUCCCACCAUGGCGACGUCAUUCACGUCGUCGACGACAGCUCCGGCUGCCCAGUAUCCUCCAGAACCUCCGCCAGCGGGGCCCGCCACAGUCACGCGACCAGUUACGGGUACAGGGACAGUUGCUGACUUUAGCAAGGUGACUCCUUCUGAUUCUGAGCGCCAGCGAACAGCGGCACGCACAGCCGCUAUGGCAGCAUCGGUUCCUCUGCUGCCAGGUGCUCUGCAGAAAAAGGAUGAGAGCAGCACUGCGCUGCGCGAGUUACCGAAGCAGCAGUCUGAGCUCCCCAGUGCCGAUUCUUCUACGUCGACUGUGGGUGGCACCCUCCGCACGCCGGCUCGGCAGAGUGGUGCAAUUAGACAACAGUCAUCAUCGCUGGCACGCACGACUGCGAAGUUGGCGAUAAAACCCAGCAUCCAAGAGGAGGAGGAGGAGUCGGCUUCAGAGGAUGAGGAGGAAGCCCUAGCUCCGUCUACACGAAGACUAGAACGCACGGCUUCUAAAGUAUCUCAGAGGGACCAAGCCGCGCAGCCAUACAGGUUGGUCACACAGCCACCAGAAACGCAGGCAAACACUUCAGAACAGCUCAAUUUCCCGGCGCAAAGCCGCACUGUUCCGGCUGACUCGGUUGUGCUAGCACAGGACGUAGCAAAUAAGCUAGUCUCCGUUCUCUCUAGAGUGGAAAACUUGGCCUCAGAAAUUGUAUCCAAAAACGCCCGUGAAAGUGUCAAAAGUAGCGACAAGGGAAAUACCACGGCACGUAGAGCAAACUUAUGCGCAAAGUGUAGGGCGGCAGAAAGGAAAGCACGAGGCAGUACGGCGGAUGCCGAACAAUUAUCUGAAGACGGGAGCGAUGAGGAAGAAGCCGGUGUGCCUGGAAGAAGCGACGACCACAAAAGGAAACAGCGCAAGCCUGCACCGCCUAGGCGUACUCAAGGCAGCAAAUACAACGCACCUGAAGAGACUCUGGAACAAAAUGAUGGGUACUAUGGUGAAGGCUUUUCUUGGGACGAGAACGAGCGAGAAAAUCGUAGAGAAGACGCUGAACCUACCGGAGUGCUACGCAGACGAUCGCGCAGUGAUUCCUCGUUAGAGAUCCAUAGAGAAUCUGAGAUAGCCGAGCGAGCGGUGCGCAGUGGCGCCAUGUACGAUUGGGUCGAUCCCACAGAUGAUACAAGAAAUACAAACGAGCGCUAUAUAUACCGAGAACCACCACCCUUCAUGAGAGCCCAGCGCUUCCUUCCGCCUUACUGGUAUGGCGGCCCCCAACUUGAAUACCGAUCAUUUAGAGCAAGUCUAAUGCAACCGCCGUAUUUGCAGCCUAAUUCUAUGCUGUAUUCAAACAGCGCUCGUGCUCCCCUGGUGCAUCUUGCCAACCAAAGUCCUUACCAAAUUUCUCAGGCAGCGCUACCACCCUCGAACCUGGAACUGUACCCACAAGCCCAAGGAUACUUCCAAGGGCAACCAUUCCCACCGAGAACACCACCUGUCAGUUAUAGAUUUCCCCAAAUUUAUCCACAAAACGGGGGAUCCGUAGGGCCUGGCGGCCAGCUACUAAGUAGUCAGCCAUUCGCCAUCCGGUCGGGCUACAGUACUGGCGCUGCUUACGGACAGCCGCAAAAUCAAGCUUACAACUACAGCCAAGCAUUCCAAAAUUGCAUGGCCCCGAACAACUCUAUCCGGCCCGACUAUCAGCCGCAGAACGCUCAGACGGUGCGGAACGUCGGACCAGGGCCCACUAUAGCUGCCAUCCCGAACACAACCACAGCCUCUUCUCAAAGCAGCUUAGCGUUUGAGGCCAUGGAUGCUAACAGCGUUCGUUGUGGCGGCAGCACCUUCAGCACCGAGACGGGGGUCGCCCGAACCGCGCUCCUGCAAAGCCGACCGAGCGCCUCCAGAGAGGAGCGGCCGCUUCCCGCUAAGAAAGUAAUAGCCUGGUCCAUGAAUAAGUCUGCCCCAACUACGGCCUCUCGUCCACCUGCAGCGUCAACAUCACCUGGGCCUGCUCAGCAGCCCGUUCCAUCUACUUCAGACAGGAGACGCGCUGAGACAAUGAUAGCCUGCUACUGCAAGUGCCACAGCUGUGGUGGUGAGGGCCACGAUUACCAGGAUGGUCAGCAAGACGUGAGCUUGGAGAAUCUUCUGCGGCACGAGGACGACCUUCGCUGGGACGAGCAGCUUCGCGAGCGUAGCCGGGUACUGCGCGAAGAGAAAAUUCGGCAAGAGGAGAGACUCCAAAUGCGGCAGCGGCUGCAGGACCAGGAACGGCUGUUCCGCGAGGAGCGUCAGUUCCGGGAUGACCUUGAGCGAAGACGCGAGGCCGACCGGGCUUUGCAGCGGGCACUCGAGAGGGAGAGUGAAGCGGAAGCCAGGGCCAACGCAGCCGUCAUACAGCUUUUGGCCAGCACGAGAGCCCAAGAAAUCGAUCGCCCGUCCGGUGGUGCCGGCCAAGACACGAAGGCGACAGCAGAACAAGAGGUCGGAGCCUCAUCGAGUGAUGACGAUGCCGUGUUCGCGUCUGUCUCAUCGACGCUCGGCAAGCCAGAAACUAAAGCAAGCCGUGAGCGACGCUGCUCGGACGCUGGCAUUCAGCUGCCGCAGACGCCCCUACAGCAGAGCCGGGCGCCUUUGCGAGAGGCUUCGCUAGAGCAACUGCCCAGGGCGUCUGAUUCGAAGUCUACGAGAGAGAGCACCAUCAACACAGCAUCUACUGCUGAAAAUGCGACCGGCGAGCCUGAAAAGCCCGAUGAUUCCAAAUUCUGAAGAUGACAUGCGCGCAGAGGACCUUCACAGAAGAUUCGUGCGGCGUAUGUUUGCUAGGUUCUGGCUAUCUUGUCACGACUCUUGUGUCCGCUUGUAGGCUGUUUGACCAUAAACGUUAUGGGUCACAAAUGUCAGACCAUAAAUUUAAGGUGCGAUCACAUAGCAUACGAAGUAAGCUG